AUGAAUAAUUGGAAAUCCUUACUUAUUGACAAGUACGAUGGUACAACAGAUCCUGAUGAACAUUUGGAUGUUUUUCUAACGCAGUUCACCAUUCAGUUUGCAACAAGUCGUCCUCACAGCUUGACGUCCCUGUCGCUGGUCGGCCUCCGGCAAGACAAGAAGGAGUCACUCCGAGCUUUUAUGGAACGGUUCAACAAGGCAACCUUAGAAAUCCGGGAUCUCAAUCCGGCGGUAGCGCUCCACCACCUCACAACAGCUUUGAAACCCGGACCGUUUGUUAACAGCAUCUGCAAAAAACCUCCUUCGGAUAUGAAUGACCUACGAAGGAGAGCCGAUAAAUACAUGCAGAUGGAAGAGCUAGCUGAGUUCCGUAACCAAGCCCGAGCCGAACCAGGGGGAAAACCCGAGAAGACUGCAGAACAACCAUACAGGGGGCGCGGUAAAGAGAUAGCUCUUCGGGACCGACCCACUCGAGGACCGAAAUAUUCCCAUUAUACUCCCCUUAAUGCGAGCCGAGCCGCAGUACUUGAGCAAGCUUUGGCAUCAGAAGUGUUGGCAGUCCCGAAGAGGGCGUCCACUCCACCCCGUGCUGACACUAAUAAAUCGUGCAGGUAUCAUCGCAACCGCGGGCACUCUACCGAAGAAUGCGCAGCGUUGAGAGAUAAAAUCGAGGAUUUGAUUAAACAGGGGCAACUCAGAAAUUUCGUGGAUCGGCCAAACUCAUCUCGACAUCAACCCGCGUAUCAAGCUCGCCGACAAGAUAGGCCCGAGCAAUCAGGUGAGCGCCGCCGUGAACGUAGCCGGUCAAGGGAGCGAAAAGAAGAACCUCAUACGACACACUGGCGGGUAAUCAACACGAUUGCCGGAGGUUUCACAGGGGGCAGAUCAAAUUCAUCAGCUCAAAAGAGACAUCUACGGGCUGUCAGAUCAGUUAACGCUAUUGAACGACGGUCGGUUCGGCGACUGCCCGCCAUUACAUUUACUGACGAGGAUUUCCAAGGCAUUGAUCCGAUUCAGGAUGAUCCUAUGGUCAUCAGUGUGGAGAUACGUAAUUGUAUUAUCAAGAAAACGCUCAUAGAUCCUGCCCGCCAUUACAUUUACUGA